UGUCAAGAAACUCUGCAGCUUACUUAACUAUGAAUGCACGCACAUUCUGAUUUGCAGACAAAGAAAACAAGCUUAAAAGAAGAAAUUUAGGAUAUUAUGACGUCCCGGAUUUCAGCAGCUUCUUACCAUCAGAUGAGAGAAUCAAUUACAAAUGUAAAGACUUGAGGUCCCAGCUUAGACAAGUCAAACACAAAUUUGACGAACCUGAGGAAGAUGUCGAACCUAAAACAAACAUGAGGUUCAAGUGAUAUGCUAAAGGCAAUUUGAACAGUCUGCUAGCCCAGAAGAGUAAUCCUUUGCUUGCAAAGAAAGUCAAUGAGCUUAAAUAUCGCCUGAAGAAUGGAACUACAUUCAGCGGAAUUGAAGCAUCAAAUGGUAAUAUUCCAAUAGCCAAGACUGCCAACCAAAUGAAGCAGCGGAGGAAUUCAGUGAUUGCCCACGAUGAGUUGCUUGUAACCUCAACCCCAUCGAGGAGCACUUUUACUCAAGGGUUGUUGCGGUCUCUGAGCUGUCCAAGUUUGGAACAAAGGACUCCUUUUUUAUACAACCAAAAGCCAGAUAUCAAGCUUUUGAAGAGACAGACCACACAGAACAACAAGACUCACAAACUCAAAGUGUUGGCUUGAUGCUCAUACCUCUCCAAAAAAGAAUCAAAUUUUAGUUUGAAGCAGAGUCUUUCUAGAAAUUUAAACACAAAACCUAUCUUGAUGGAGCAGAAAGACUUCUAUGCAACUUUCGAUGCGAUGCUGCCAGAUAAAUCAAAAAUAUCUCUGCACCAUAAGAAGAAUGCAAUCAUCAACAUGAUUGACAAGCACAGACAGAAUGACCAACAAGUGAAGAGAUAAUUAAGCUGGAUAAGAAGUUGAGUAUAUUAAAUUAGUAUUCUAACACUUUUUGG